AUGCCUGUCAGUGUGUUCUACUCUCAACAUGUGUUGCCUCAAAAACCGAGUUCCAUUCAAUUGGACAUCAAAAAGACCUCCUUCAAAAAGGUUGGCACGUUUCUCAAAGUGAUGGAAGAUGACGGAUUAAUCUCGUUACUUCAGGUCAAACCUGGUGUGUACACUCUGAAGUCCAUUUCUCGGGACCAUUCAUCUCUACAGGAUGUCCAGCCUUUCGUUACGGACGACUCCACUGGAGCCUCUUCACAAAAGUCGUGGCCACCAGGCUACUUUGGACCACCGACGAUAGAAGAUGUUCGCAUCGUGACCGGGCCGACUGCUUCCUUCUUUGCUCAGUUCGGUUUCAGACCUAACACUUGCAUCACCCAAUCUGAAUCACGGAACGCAGUGAAUAGCUACGUCCGCGAACAUGGGCUGCUACGACAGGAUGACCCAAAUCUUGUUCGAUUGGAUGAUUUGUUGGUAAAGCUGUGCGACCCGAAACUGUACACAGAGGCACCCGAAAGCACUUUGGCUCAACCGGUCUACCUUUCGCGUUUGGACCACAUACUCUCCAGCAUCAUGCAGCCCAUGCCUGUCGCGUAUCGGAUCACCUUUCCCACUGAGGGUACAACCCCCGUCCUGUGGCGCAAACCGGGUAAACUACCAUCCAUCGAACUCUCCACUGCAAAAAAGAAUGGAAAAAGGCUUACUAGGAUAACCAACUUGUCCGUGUUUGGGAUCGAUCCGGACGCGUUUGCUAAACACUUGCAGCUGACAUUGGCUUGUUCUGCUGGUCGAGUUGAGGACCCACAGUUUCCUAAUUCCGAUAUCAUUCGAGCUCAGGGUUGGCAUGAUGCUGCUAUCUCCAAGAUGCUCGUAGAAACGUAUGGCAUCAAAAAACAAUUUAUCAACGGAUAUGUUGAAGAUCCAAAGAAGAAAAGAAAAUGA